AUGACGCCUCGUUAUAACAGUAGCAUCGUUAGAUACACCGGUAACAUGAAUGCGAACGGUGUUAAGAAAAUGAGAUCCAUUGAGCAGGCGUUCUAUGAUAGGAUCCAUCAACGGACGCCGGCGGGCCGUUUGGUGGAUUUUUUGCGCAAGUCGCAGGGUUUCCAGGUUCAUAUGGACGACUUCGUCAAUGAGCUGCAAAUCGUCGAGUCGAGGAACCCGUUCUAUGCCAAGACCGUCGUCAAGGCCUUGGUAGACAACUUCGAUAUAUUCGACGAGGAGGACUCCGGAGUCGGGAUCACAGUGCUGCCCGCCAACGACGUGUGGCUCUCCGAAUGGCUCUACGAGAAAUACGUUGCCCUGCUGGGCGUCGCCCAGCCGGCACCUACGACCAAAGAUGUGAUACAGUAUCCCAUCGCACAGGAUGUAAAAGUCAAGAUCGAGGAGAAGCCGUAUCUCAUCAGCGCAUCGGGCACCACCGGCUUCAGAACGUGGGAGGCUGCAUUAUAUCUGGCUGUCUACCUGACUUCGCAGGAAUUCAACUUCAUCGCUGAAAAAUCCCGAGUUCUAGAACUGGGCGCCGGCACGGGUCUCGUGAGCGCAGCACUUUGCCUGAAAUAUCCGGAUCGGCUCGAUAAAGUCUACGUCACGGAUGGCGACUCGCAGCUUACGACGCAGCUCGCUCGCAAUUUUCAAUUGAACGAAAUCGAUACCUCCAAAGUGGACUUCCGACGGUUAUGGUGGAACGAGGACGCGAUACCGGACGACAUCGAUCUAGUCGUCGCAGCUGACGUUACAUACGAUUCCACGGUCAUCCCAGACCUAUGCCAAUGCAUUCGGGAAUGUUUGUCAUACAGAACGUGCAAGGCGUGCCUGGUGUCCGCUACAGUGAGAAAUGAAGAGACAACUGCUGCAUUCGAAAACUGUCUCGCGUCCCUAGGACUCGAUUGCCGCGUCGUGUCGGAUAUUCAAUCGGGUGAUGACUCAGUGCUGGACUCACUGAUGUCCAGACCGUUGCUGUCGGCCAUCAGGAUUUAUCAAAUACAGCAACGCAAUUAA